AUGGACUGUAGCAUUCCCAGUGUCGAUGGCCUUUUGCGAUCAAGAUCACCCCUCAAUGGCGAUGGGACCCAGGAACCAGAGCAGCAAUGGGCCAGGAACCAGAGCAACAAUGAGUACCCAGGUUGGAGAUGGGCUGCUAUCCUGAUCUCUCCUAUGACAGACCUGGUUAAGGGUUGUGACUUGGGACAGAACCUGGGUUUUACAUCCCUGCAGCUCCUCAUUCUGUGUAGGCGUCAUCAGAUGCUGGACAUAAACCAGGUUUUUCUCUUAAGACAGGGGUCCACAACUCCUGGGGUUGCAGUCCACUACCGGGCCUUGAGCCGUUUGGAACCAGGCCGCAGAAGUGGCAGAAGCACCGUCCCCAUCAGUGGCUUCUCCGAUGGUCCCUUGCGACCAGAAUCGCCUGUGGAUUGUGUGGAAUAUUACAACGGAGUCCAGAAUGGGCGCAGGGUGAGGCUGAGGCGCCAGCACAGCACAAUAAGACUCUUGCAGCAGCGGGGGGCGCUCUCGAGAGCCCGACAGCUUCAACAAAAGCCUGAUGUGGAAGUUGUACAGCGGGAACACACAGGCCAUAUGAUCACAUGGACAGGCCCAGGCUUCGCCCGUGUGCGCGAUGGGGCUGGACUCUCCUUCGACAUUGACAACAUUCCUUACCCAAUGGAAUAUGGCAUCUUGUUCCGCUAUGAACCUGAGUCCACAGAAGAUUGGGAAGUUGUUGUCAGUGUCAGCUCGCAGGAUCUACCAGUGAGUCCACGUUGUGGCAAUUUGCUGCCCUCUGAACAGGUGUAUCAAGGGAGCUUGCCCCAUACCUCCAGAUACUUGCUUCUGCCAAGGCCCUUCUGCUUUGAGCCGAGAAACCGUUACAAGAUCAUCGUGCGGUUCCAGCGAGCAGGGGUGGCACAGCGCCAUCCUGCAGCUUUCAUCCUGGUAGACUCGCUGGUCCUUUUACCCUACGUGACAGAACUACCUGGUUUCCAUGGUGACGAUCCAGCUUCUGUGGAGCGCCGGGAGGCCCUGGAACACUACACAUGCCUGGAAUUAUUUCGCAUGGCCACCAUGCCUGACCUUCCUGAGACCUGUGCCCACCUGCUCUGCAGCAUUUCUGCCAUCAUCCAUGACGGGGCUCUGCCCUGCCAGUGUGACCUCCAGGGUUCCACCAGCAGCGUCUGCCAUAAACUGGGAGGACAGUGCCAGUGUAAGCCCAAUGUUAUGGGUCGGCAAUGUGACCGGUGUAUCCCAGGCACUUAUGGAUUUGGACCUUACGGCUGCAGUUCCUGUGCUUGUUCCCCCGAGGGCUCGGUCUCCAAAAUCUGUGACCCGGUCAGUGGCCAAUGCCGAUGCCAGCAGGGUAUCAUAGGACGCCAGUGUGAUCAGUGUCCACUAGACCAGUGGGGCUUCCCUCACUGCCGUCCUUGUCACUGUAACGGGCACGCAGAGAAAUGUGAUUCACACACCGGAGCCUGUCAACAAUGCCGAGAUUAUACAGCAGGCCGCCAUUGUGAAAGGUGCCUGGACGGAUACUAUGGAGACCCAGUCCUGGGAUCAGGGCAACAGUGUCGGCCAUGUCCCUGUCCUGGAUAUCCAGGUUCUCGGCACUAUCACGGCAUUUCGUGCCAGGCUGACAGAGACACCAACCAGAUUGUUUGCUUGUGCGCUCCUGGCUACACAGGGCCACGGUGUGAUCGCUGUUCCCCUGGCUAUUUUGGAAGCCCUGGGCAGGAAGGUGGUGCCUGCCGCCCUUGUCAGUGUAACAAUAACAUUGACCCCAGUGACCCCGAGGCCUGUGACCCACAUACUGGUCAAUGUCUACAUUGCCUUUACAACACUGGUGGACCCCGCUGUGCCGAAUGUCAGCCUGGCUACUACGGCAAUGCCUUUCAACGGAGCUGCCGACGCUGCACUUGUAACGAAAUAGGCACUUUGCCCACCCACUGCUCCGAAGGCAUCUGCCAUUGUGAUCAAACUACAGGCCAUUGCCCCUGCCGUGCCAAUGUGGUGGAAAAGAACUGCGACAGAUGUGCCCAGAACUUCUGGGGUUUCGGCAGCGACUUGGGCUGCCAGCCAUGUAACUGCGACCCGACCCAUUCCUUGCGUGCAGACUGUAACAUGUUUACAGGGCAAUGCCACUGCCAGCCAGGUUUUGGAGGUCGUGUUUGUUCUCAUUGCCAAGAAAACCACUGGGGCGACCCAGAAGAGCAGUGCUUAGGACAGACAUGGAUAAGCUGUGGGAGAACCUGCAAGAUACAGAUUCGUGCCUGGAUAGCACUGAACGGAAAGUCACAGAGAAGAGGGACCAACUCAAUGCAUUGAAUGAACAAGUAGAGGAACUGAACCAGACUGUCAACUACCUUAGAAGUCAACUGGGAAAGAUGGUAAACGCCAGCUUCAAUGAAUCUUUCCGUAGCAUCGUGGAGUACUUCCAGCAGUCAGAACAGGCCCUGAGGCAGGCCAACACCUCCGUUAGAGGGCGUCAAAGUCCCGUGGUCCAAGCCAAACAUACCCGGCUGGCCACGGUGGAGCUGUUGAGACAAAGAGGAGAGGCUUUUCGCAAGGGAGCAGCUGCUCACCAAAAGGCUCUGAAUACUAUCCAACGAAAAGUUGAUGCCCUCAGCCUGAACAGGAUCAACCAGAAAAUCUGCGGAGGUUUUGGAGACGAGGCCUGUGAAGACGCUCCUUGUGGAGGAGCUUCCUGUAAGGACACUUCAGGCCAAAGGCACUGUGGAGGCCCUAAUUGUACUGGAGCUCUUCCUGUGUCCAUCAAGGCCCUACAUUCGGCCCAGAACAUCUCCCAGCAGCUGGAGACCACAGCAAGUCAGCUGGUCACCAUGGUUAAUAAGGUGCAAGAAGUCCAGAACCUGGCACGGGAUGCCAGGAACCACGUUCAGGACAUCUUGGACCACGCUCAAGGAGCACGGAACCAGGUGGAGAAAUCCACAGCCAAGCUGAGAGAAUUCAUCCAGAAGAUAAAAGACUUCCUAGCAGAGGAAGGUGCCGAUCCAGAGAGCAUUGAGCUGGUGGCUCAACAGGUCCUGAACAUUCCCCAGCCCAUCAGUCAAAGUGAGAUUGACAGUCUGAUUAAGGAGAUCUGGGACAGAAUCGGCCAGCUUAACAGAGUGGACGUUAUCCUGAACUGUACAGUGCAAAACCUAACUCUUGCUAGGGAUUUGCUGACGAAAGCAGAACUUGCCAG